AUGGGGGUGGUCAAUAAUUAUGCGCUAGAUUCCUUCUUGGUUCAGCUUCCUGCGGGAGUUGUGGUUGUUCUGGUUAUGGGUAUUGAGAGGAUGACCCACCUUGAUAGAAUAAAGGAUGCGGAGGUGUUUGCAUCACUCACGGCGGAGAUAUUUGAAUCCCAUAAGGCGAUGGGGAUUGGAAAUGAGAUGAGCUUCCCGACGAGGCCAGUUCAAACACUUAGCGGUGGUCAAGAGCAAAGGGUUGCCAUUGCAGAUGGGGGUGAUAAAAGCGGUUCAGAAUCUUUUGGAUAUAUCAGAAGUCACAGGACAGCAUUGUGGGUGACCCAUUGUUUUGAAGAACUUGAGUAUGCCGAUGGUGCAGUAUACAUGGAAGAUGGAAGAGUGAUUACGCAUGGUGAUGCAGCAAGCAUAAGUAAGUUCAUCAAAGCCAAGCAACCAUAG